CUCUCCUUUCCUUUCCUCCCCCCCCCCCCCCCACUGGAAGGUAACGCCGGCGGAGUGUUCGUGGAUUAUCGUAAUGGCCCUAACGGAUUAAAGUGUUGCUAGCUGUGGCAGUGUCGUGAGAUGGAGUGUGGUAAAACUGGGUUAUUACUCACCUAACUGAAGAUGGCAUCCUAUUUAGCACAAGACAUUCAGCUUGCAAAAAGACAUGAAGAAAUCCUGUCUCAGAGAUUGGUGCUGCUUCAGCAGAUGGAGAGUCAUCUAGGAGACAAAGAAGCUGAGAAGACAUGGCAAAUGCAAGAAUCUAGUGCAGCUCAUAAAAGAAAUGUUGCACUUUUAAAUGAUGUAGACGCAGCAUGGAAAAAGCUACAAUCAAGAGAUCACUUACUUCUGCAUCCUGAUAUUGUUAAUCUUGAGACUCGUUAUUGGGCAAAAGUAGAAGAAUCCAUCCCCAAGUGGGAGCCAUUUUUUUUAGGAAGAAUACAGGCCCCUGUUGGCGUUAAAAAAAUCAAGCAAACAAAGCAGUACACAAGUCUCUCAAAAGGAUCAAUUUUCAAAUAAGCAGGAAAUGACAAUCAAGUAAGGUUCAUGGGGAAGACCUGCUCAAGCCUCCAAAUGCUGGACCAUCAAAUGGCUCUUCUAAAUGUUAGUGGGAUGAGCACCAAUCAUUCCAAAACUGUACUGAAGAAUUUUCCCAAAACACCAUUAUCUAUAUGGCUUUCAUUCUGAACAUGGAUGAUACACUGAAGGGUGGAAACUCAGCUGUCAUCCAUUUUACAGAAGAGAAGUUACUUUUCCCAAUAAAAGUGGAAGCAGAUAUCA